GUUGACCCCCCUCUCCACCAUCUCUGUCACCCGCCUAUAAGAAGUAAGGUCAGCUCUGAAAACGUCUUCAGCUCUAUCUCUCUUUAGUGCAAGGUUUCCAGAUUUUUGUUCCUCUCUCAUUGGAUGUAAUAGAACUCGAGAGGUCUCGUGUAACUCAGAUAGCAAUGGAGCCGCUCAAAACGACAGUGGCAUUUCUUCUAUUCCUAGUGGUAUUGCACUCUUCAGCCGCUCAAAGUGUAAAAGAUCAGAAAGAAGUUCAUCCACAGAACGUAGCUGAGCCUAAACCGGAUCAUCAUGAAGAGCCUAAGGAUGACAAAAAGACUGAAAAAAUCCCUGUAGAAGCGGCUGAGCAAUUACAUGAAAAUCAGCCUAAAAGCCAGCCAGAGAAGCAGCAUGAAAGUCAGCCGGAACAUAAACCUGAACCCCAACAAGAAAUGCAACCAGAGCACAAACCUGAGUCAGCCCACGUUUCUGAAGAACAGUCGCAAGAUCCUCAAGUGCUACAACAUGGUUAUGUUACUGGCCGGCAAUUCCCUCAGAUGUAUCAGCCAAUGUUUCCUCCCCCGUCUGGCUUUAAUAUGAUCCGCCGUCAGCUAGGAGGUGGUAUGGAAAUACUUGGAGACAUUGUCAUGAUGAGUAUGAUAGGUUUACCCAUCCUCGGACUUCUAACUGUUGGCUCUUCUUCAAUCGCCAACUUCUUGGGCUUCGGUUCUUCGAGUUCUUCAAAGUCUUCAUCGAAACGAAACAGAAGGAGCUUAAAAGAAAAGGCAGCCGGAGCAGUUGAAUAUGCCAAAACUUUAUGGGAUGUUAUGGAGCAACUCGAAAGAGCCUUCGAGAAAUAUGAUCUAUAUCAGGCUGAAUGUCGUCUUAGAGCAGUAUGUGAAGCUCAUCAUAAAGUUCCAAGAUUGGGCGCUUGGGCUCAGACUAUCCUGGAUUUAAUGAGGAAACAAAAAGAACUCCAAAGCAGGGAAAUUCUUCCUGUUUCAAGAUUCCUUUUCUCAAACUACGCAGAUGCAGCUCAAGCAGGAACAAGAGGUGAUGACUGCGCUCAACUAUACACUGGCUGCCCUCAUCACUUAUCGUAUUAUUUCAGCGCCAAAGAAAAUGAAGUCGAGAACGAAAUUGAAGUUGAAAUGUAGCACUUACCCACUUCAAACACCUUUAGUUGCAUUGUUCCUUAAUCAUGAUAUUUAUUAUUCUCAUUUCCCAUUUUGUGUUCCUUCAAAUGGCAUUUUCUGAAACCAACAUACUCUUAUUUAUACAGAAAAUUUUUCUCUGUUUGUGAUUCUUGUGCAGUUUCAAUAAAUUAAUGUAGGCUGAA